GUAUUAUAUCGCGGGUGACGCUGGCGUUCCAAAGCACAGGCAGUAUAGGCUCGCCUGCGACUGCAGUUCCUACGGGCGGAGCAUCUUAGUUCAUUGCACUGGCACGAUGGCCGCCAGCGACGAUCAGCGCAAUCGUUCACGUGGCCAAAGGGAAGAGAUUUCUCUGUACUGCCGGACGCCCCUCAUCGAGAGCCUGACGCUGCAGGGGAGGCACUUGCCCGGGGUACCCGUCUACCUGAAGCUGGAGAACACGCAGCCUACGGGGUCCUUCAAAAUGCGCGGGCUCAGCCGGCUCUGCCAACACGGGGUGCAGAGCGGACAUGACACGCUGGUGACGUCUUCUGGCGGCAAUGCGGGCCUCGCUGUGGCUCACAGCGCACGCCGACUGGGAGUCAAGGCACGCGUCUACGUGCCCGAUAAGACAAGCCGAGCCGUGGUCGGAGCCCUCGAGCAAGAAGGCGCCAACGUCAUCGCCACAGGCAGUGUUUGGGACGACGCUGACCUCGCGGCAAGGGACUACGUCAGAAUUCAAGGAGGCUACUACUGCCAUCCGUUCGACAACCCCAUUGUCUGGUCUGGCCACGCGUCCAUGAUAGUCGAGGCGGAGGAAGACCUGUCCCGUCGCGGGGUGACCAAGCCCAGCGCCGUGGUGACCUGUGCCGGCGGCGGCGGCCUUCUCUGCGGCAUCGUGGAGGGCAUGCACCGCGUCGGCUGGACCGACGUGCCCGUGCUCGUCAUGGAGACGCGGGGAGCGGCCAGCUUCAGGGCUGCCAGGGACGCCGGUCGCCCCGUCGCCAUCAGCGCCAUGACCAGCGUGGCGGUCACACUGGGCGCACUGACAGUGUGCCAGAGAGCGGUGGACUUGCUGCGCUCUCACCCAAUCAUCUCGGAGCUCGUCACGGACCGCCAAGCUGUAGAUGCCUGCUUCAAAUUCGCAGACGACCACAGGAUGCUGGUGGAGCCCUCUUGCGGAGCCACUCUGGCAGCGCUCUACAGCGGACUGGCGGCGAGGUUGUACGCCGAAGGGAAGCUAUCCCGCACGGGGGGACCUCUGUUGCUCAUCGUAUGCGGGGGAAGUGCCGCCAGCCUGGGCACUUUUCAGCGUUGGCGGGAAAUCGUCGAUCGAAAGGUCGAAGACGAAUAAAGGUCGAAAAGUGACUUCGUCUAACCUUAGUAUGGACUAUUGUUAGCCGCGCGUGCUAAAAGCGCGAGCUAGUUGCUUCGAAUGAAGCCUCGGCGGCUGAACGAGCGCUCGUGCAGCGAGUGCUCCAGUCAAGGCAGUCAAGGCCAGCCGCUCGCGCUAGCACAGCAUUCGCGGUUAGUCCAUGCUAAGGUGAUACGAAGUAUAGUUUAUUUCUGUCGA